ACCCGAGAAUUCCUCUCCAUUGUCUCCCCUUGCCCCCUUCACAGGGCUUCGUCCAGUCUUCACUCUUCACUCACUCUCCUCCCCAAAUUAAAACCCUACAUUGGAUCGCAGCGGUAUCUGUAAUCCAUCCUCCCAAUUUCACUUAUUAUCUAUCAUGGCGCAAUCUGAAACCCUAGAUUUAUCUUCACCUUCUUCGUCUUCACCAGAUCCGCAGCUGUCUCGGAGCUCGUCGUCAAGUCGGCUUAACGCGCAGGCUCCGGAAUUCGUGCCGACUCGGUCGGCUACUCAGUCUCCUCAGCAGCAACAGCAGCAGCAGCAGCAGCAGCAGCAGCAGCCGCCGCCGCCGCCUCAGCAUAGGAUUAUCAUACCUCCUCCUCCUCCGCCUGCUAUGCUGCACGUCUAUUCCCCUCCUCCGUUUCAUGUUCCGGUUCAUAGUCCCGUCCCGAUGCCGCCUCAUAUGGUUCCUGUCCACCAUCACGUGCCUGUUAGAAAUCAUCAGAACCAUCACCAUCAGUAUUAUGGUGGAGAGCAGGAUGGUGAGGUAGGGAAGAAGGAUCAUAAGGAUCAGAAAGAUCACAGUGCAUCAUCCAAGAAUGGAUUGUCUGAGGAGGCUGUGCAGAAGAUUUUGAAUCAGGUGGAAUACUAUUUCAGUGAUUUAAACUUGGCCACCACUGAUCAUCUAAUAAGGUUCAUCCACAAGGAUCCUGAAGGAUAUGUACCAAUAACUGUCGUUGCAUCGUUUAAGAAGAUUAAAGCCUACACAAGCAACCAUUCCCAGCUUGCUACUGUUUUGCGUAACUCAUCGAAGCUUGUUGUUAGUGAAGAUGGAAAGAAAGUAAGACGCCUGCAUCCCCUAACUGAGUCAGAUAUUGAAGAGUUGCAAUCUCGUAUAAUUGUUGCCGAAAAUUUGCCUGAGGAUCAUUGCCAUCAGAACCUUAUGAAGAUUUUCUCUGCUGUUGGGAGUGUGAAGACAAUCCGGACCUGUCCACCUCAACCUUCUGGCAGUGGGGCAUCUUCAGCAAGUAGAUCAGGAAAGACUGAUGGCAUGCAUUUCAGUAACAAGUUGCAUGCAUUUGUGGAGUAUGAAUCUGUUGAGCUGGCUGAGAAGGCUGUUGCAGAGCUAAAUGAUGAGAGAAACUGGAGGAGUGGCCUUAGAGUCCGAUUGAUGCUUAAACGUUCUACAAAACCUGCUCAUGCAAGAGGGAAAAAGGGCCAUGAUGGCGAGGGGAAUUAUGAAGAAGAUGAUACUUCCACAUCUGAGCAGCUGCCAAGUGAGAAACAAUCUGAAGAUCAUUCUCAGUUAUCUGAUGUAAAUACACAUGAGCACUCAGGAGAGGAACAUGCCAAUGAUAAAGAGGGUGGGCAGAGAAAAGGGCGAAACAGAGUCCGGGGCAAGGGACGUGGGCGGGCUCAGUAUCAUCAGAAUAACCAUCAUAACGGCCGUGGAAACAAUCUGGGUGCUUCCCCUUCAAAUAAUGUGGUCAGCAAUGAGCAGGCAACCAUAGCAAAGCAACCCCCUGGUCCUCGUAUGCCAGACGGAACAAGAGGAUUUGCCAUGGGCCGGGGGAAGCCAGUUGUUGUUAAUACAGCAGCCUAACUAUAAAUUCUUAUGAAUGAGCCAAGAUAUACUCGGCCGGGGAGAUGUAUCUGUUAUGUGGCAUUUGAUGGCAGGGUUUUAGGAGGGCUGUCCAUAUAUAUAGUAGGUAUUAGGGAGUGAAGUGACCAGAGUCCUAUAUUUAUUCAAGUAAUGCUGGUAUGGACGAUGCAAAAACAUUUUCAUAAUUUUGCUUUUCCCUUUAAUUUUUAGCACGAACUUAUGUAGAAACGCAAGAACGGAACCCUAGUGCGGGUAACCAAUAUCAAUUGAAAAAAUGAGAGUGGAAAUGCAAUAAAAUGGUUACCACUUA